AUUCGCCUAUUGAUUACUACUCAAUCAACAGUAAGAAAAGAAAAGAAGAUUGAUGUAAUUCUGAGCAGUUUUCUUGAACUAAUCUGAUCAAAGUGAGGAAAAGAGAAUAUGGGGUCUCUAGGAGGUGAAAUUGCAAGGAAGAAGGCAAUGUGGUUAUCUCCAAAGGUUAUUGGUGUCAGUCCUUCUGAAAGAUGGGGGCAUUCUGCUUGCUAUUCCAAUGGUUUAGUCUACAUCUUUGGGGGAUGUUGUGGCGGGAUGCAUUUUAGUGAUGUUCUUGUACUAAAUCUGGAGACAAUGGAUUGGAGCACUCUGGUGACCAAGGGACAGGGUCCGGGACCAAGAGACAGCCACAGUGCUGUAAUAGUUGGGUACAAGAUGAUUGUCUUUGGGGGUACAAAUGGUUCGAAAAAAGUUAAUGAUCUGUAUGUACUAGAUCUCAGGUCUAAAGAGUGGACAUAUCCUGAAUGCAAAGGAACUCCGCCUUCCCCACGUGAAAGCCAUACAGCUACACUUGUUGGUGAUGAAAAAUUGCUGAUAUUUGGGGGAAGUGGAGAGGGGGAAGUGAACUAUUUGAAUGACUUGCAUGUUCUAGAUCUUAAAACUAUGAGGUGGGCUUCCCCAGAGGUAAAGGGAAAUGUUCCUGUCCCUAGGGAUAGUCACAGUGCUGUUGCCAUCAGUAACAGGCUUAUCUUGUAUGGUGGAGACUCUGGUGAUCGAUACCAAGGUGAUGUCGAUGUGCUUGAUAUGGAUACAUUAACUUGGUCAAGGAUGGAUACUCAGGGGUCUUCACCUGGUGCUCGAGCAGGUCAUUCUUCUGUAAAUAUAGAAACAAAGGUGUAUGUGAUUGGCGGGGUAGCGCACAAGCAGUACUACAAUGAUGUCUGGAUUCUUGAUAUAGUUUCCUGCUCAUGGAGUCAACUGGACAUAUGUGGCCAAAAACCACGAGGAAGAUUUUCCCAUACAGCUGUUGUGACCAAUUUGGACACAGUAACAGUUUUUGGAGGUUGUGGUGAGGAUGAGCAUCCGCUCAAUGAGCUACUCAUCCUGCAGCUUGGAGUUGACUAUGCUAAUGGACUGUAUAAGAUGCCGUUCUAUAAAACUUCUGGCAACCAAUGUAAUCAAGAACGUAAGAGGUUUCUCAGAGAAGCAGAGAAUGGUUUGCAGAAAAGAACAGUGCUGAUGGCCACCAGUGAAACUUUGUUCAUAAAGGAUGCCGAAGAAUUGAAACCAUUGCCAAAGAAGUCUUUCUGCAUGGAUACAGAUGCUUUUCAAAUGAAAAAAAGGAGGACAAACAACUUAAAGAUGUAUGGUAUCGCGUCAGAUGCUGAAGAGCAUUCACUUUCACUCUCCCAAAGUUCAUCUCCUUCUCAAUCUGAUCAGGAACAGACUCCUAUCAAGAAAUGCACAGAAGUCAGUCCUCAGGUGCUUCCGAUAUUUAAGCAGUACUGUGCAACUCCAGCGAGUUUGCAGUCAAAUCAUGUUCCUCUGAACCAGCCAAACCCCAGAAUCAUCACCCCACGGACUAGACAAGAGUUGCAUGUUUUUGGAGAGCAUCCAGAUCAGUCGAAACUGCACAAUCUACAAGCUGUUAAUUUUCGUAAACAUGAGUUGCAUUUUUCAGCAGAUGGGCAGAGAUCCCUGGAGCCAGGACAGUUUCAAAACUUGAUUGGAGCUGAAGUUCGUGGCAAUGUUGAUGGUGAAUUUGAUUCUGGUUAUCUGAUGACUGCCACGGUUAAUGGUAGGACUUUCAGAGGCGUCCUGUUUGCCCCGGGACCUUAUCUUGUGCCAAGAGGGGUAAAUCUUGGUCAGAGGCCUUCAUCACUCAGAAACCAAGUAAAUUCUAGUGCAAGUCAUUCAAGUCUUGGUGCAUUAAGGCAAUCUCAGCAGCCGACAAAGCAAUAUGCUCCAGAAUUUCAACUAGCCGAAGUUAGAAGGCCAAUUUCAGCCGUUAGAUCGCAUCCAUCCUCCAAUACAGAGCCAAACCUCAAGAGUGAACUUCAUGGGGUUGUUCUAUCACUGGGAGGUCCAGGAAGUGGCAAUGGCAAAUUGUAGAUUCACUGUAAGGGAGGAGAGUGGGGAAAUGGUGCUGACAGGAAUGACGGAAUUUUUCUUGCCAAUUUCCGCUCGCGUCUGAUGUCUUUGUACGUUCAAAGUAGUUUAUCUGCAACCCUUUUCUCUUUCUUGUUUAUAGGUUCUGAGAGCUGUGUAGGUGGUUAGUUUUUCACCUAGUUAGACUUAGAGCUAGUCUUUCAUCAUCUGUGCUUUUGUUCAUCGCAUCAGAAACUCCUUGUUUUGAGAAGACAUGGCUCAGUCUAACUAUUAUAGUUUUAUGUUCCUUCGUUUGGGAAGACA